AUGGAGGAAGAGGAAGAUGAACGAAAAAACAGGCGGCCUAAGCUCGCUGCUAUUAGUUCUUUAAACGCUCGAAUUGUCCAUUCCUCGCUUGAGGAGGGUUUUAUCCGGCAGCAAGUCUCGUCCGAGUCAAAUGACGUUCAUACAUGUUCAAGUAUUUCAACAGCCCAAUACAGCGACAGAAGUUUCGUAUCAAAGGCGAGUACAUUCUCGAGAAGCGGAACAUCGAGUUCUAGUCAGGAAGAAUGCGAGGUAGCUCAAACAACAGUGACAAGUGGCCAAUAUUUGGCAGCUGCCCGAGUUGAAACAGCGCGAUCUAUGGAGAGUCUUCGGCCUAGUAAAGAUACGUCGCCGGCGCGCCCUGCGAGCUCUUGCACCUCAGUUCGUGUUCAUCGUAGUUCAUUUUUAACAGCAAGCGAACGAGAUGUUAGAGAAACACGGGGUGCGCCGGCGCGUAGAGCUUUGUCAGGUGAAGACAUGGGGACCUCGGCAGAGAAGAGACGAGGCUUGUUUGCAAGUACAGAACGACGAGCGUUACAGCAGUUAAGCUUACCACCACCUGAACGUCGCUUAACAAUAUUAAGCCCUCACAGUCCAAUGGCAUCGGCAGAAUUGCAGUGGCCUAUUCCUUCUGGUAUUCGUGGCCGGCGGAAGAAAGGGAUGGUCCUCCCAAAAUUGAUACUGCCUCGCAGUGAUUCUGAUGGCUCGGAUCCGGCCAUACACGCUAAGGUGCACCUGAAAGGUGUAACUAUACAGCUCUACUGUGCAGGCAAACCUGAAGUGAGUAGAGACCAUACACGUAGCGGAAAACCUGUACAAACUCUCAGUUGUGCAAAUCAUGGUUGGUUACUGCAAAUCCCAUGCAAAUCCCAUGUCAACGUAUUGGAACAACUAAAAUUUGAGCCGGAUGAUUACCGCAACUACUUACGAAUAGAUAAAAAUACGUAUCUCAAACUGAUAUCAACGGUGACUCCCUUAGUUGAAAAGCAGGAUACACUAAUAAGAAAAGCUACAUAUAUCGCCUCA